CCCGCCCUGCGCGGGGGAUGGCGCGCGGCUGUGACGUCACCGGCGAGGCGCGGGGCGGACGCUAAGCUCCCCCGGCCCGCGGCGAUGCCCAAGCGGGGCUGCCCCUUCGGGGACGCGGCCCCGCUACAACUCAAGGUUCGAGUGGGCUGGAGGGAGCUAGGCCGCGGCAUGUGCGCCGAGCGCUACUCGCAGGAGAUCUUCGAGAAGACCAGGCAGCUGCUUUUUCGCGGGGCCCAGGCCUACAUGGACCACAUGUGGGAGGAAGGCUGCGCCAUCGUUGACCUGCCAGAGUCCCCGAAGCCCGGCCCCACAGAGGCCCCACGGGCCACAUCUGGACAGAUGCUGAUCGGACCGGACGGCCGGCUGACCAGGAGGCGAGCCCCGGCCUGCGAAGCCGACGCAUCCGGAGUGGCGUCCAGAGCCUGCUCCUCGUGCGUGCGAGUCGUGGACGGGCCGGCAGCGUGUGGCCAGUGCGAACGCGCCCUGUGCGGGCGGUGUGUGCGCACCUGCAGUGGCUGUGGAGCCGUGGCCUGUGCCCUGUGCGCCCUCGUGGACUGCAGUGACAUUCAUGAGAAAGUGCUGUGCGCCAGCUGUGCCAUGUUCGAAGCCUGAGGGCCUGGAGUGGACGGCAGCCUUGCCUGGAUGACCUCACGGGCAUCGACGCAGAAAACAGCUGUAGGGGGGGGGGGGCUUUCUGUUUUAUGUUUUGUACUCCUGGUGGCAGAAGUGAAUAAAUCCCUUUAUAUUUG